AUGAUGCAUCGCUCACUGCAUCUCUUGCUCCUGCUCGCCUUUUUCUACCUUGCAACCGCCUUACCUCUCGCGAGUCCCGGCCCAAUCAUCGAACCUAACGCUGUAUAUGUUCGGGAAGCAGCCCCAGUCGAUCUAGCCGUUCGAGACCUCUCCGAUGGGGAUGGACUUGCCAGACGAGAUCCUGUCUUGAGCUGGACUUGGUUCAACAAUGGCAAGAAGACCAAGAGAGACCCUGUGCUGAGCUGGACAUGGUUCAACGGUGGCAAAAAGGUCAAGAGAGAUCCUGUCUUGAGCUGGACGUGGUUCAAUGGUGGGAAGAAGACCAAAAGAGAUCCCGUCUUGAGCUGGACAUGGUUCAACGGUGGGAAGAAGGAGUAG